ACCUUGAUGAAAGAUGGUGGCCGACACAUGUGCGCCCUGCCGGAAGCUGCCGCCCACUUCCGGUGAUCUGCCUUUACGGAAGAUGGCGGAAGAGGACGGGCGCAACUCGCGGAGUAGCGGCGAUAGCGACAUGGAGGAGGAGGACAACGGGGGGAAGCCGGAGGAACCGGCGCCCCGAGUCUACUUGCCGGGGCAGCCGCUGGCUGAGGGCGAGGAGCUGGUCCGUGAGGAGUCCGUCUAUCGGCUGUACCACCGGGCGCAGAGCGGGGCGCCGUGCCUGAGCUUUGACAUCGUCCGGGACGAACUGGGCGAGGAGCGGACGGAGUUCCCCAUGACCAUCUACCUGUGCGCAGGGACGCAGGCGCUUACCGCCCAGGCCAACAGGCUGCUGGUGAUGAAGAUGCACAAUCUGCGGGGCAGGAAGGAGUCGGACAGGGACUCUGGCUCAGAGUCCGAGAGCAGCGACAGCGAGGAUGAGGAGGAGGAGAGCAAGUGCAGUCCGCGGCUUGAACUCGCUAUGGUGCCCCACUAUGGGGCCAUCAACCGAGUCCGGGUGAGCGAAGUGCAGGGCUGCCCGCUGGCCGCGCUCUGGUCCGAGAAGGGCCAAGUGGAGGUGUGGGACCUGCGGCCGCAGCUCGAAGCCGUCUCUGACCCGCGCGCCAUGCAGGUCUUCCUCCAGGAGCGGCAGAACCAACUCCAGCCCCUGUUUGCCUUCGCCGGCCAUAUGGCCGAGGGCUUCGCCGUGGACUGGUCGCCCACCAUGCCUGGUCGCCUGGCCACUGGGGAUUGCAAGAAGAAUAUCCACGUGUGGGAGCCCGGAGAGGGGGGCACCUGGAAAGUAGAUCAGCGACCGUACACCGCGCAUACCCGCUCUGUGGAGGAUAUACAGUGGUCACCCAAUGAGCCCACGGUGUUUGCGUCGUGCUCGGCGGACGCCUCUAUCCGGAUCUGGGACACACGGGCCGGUCCAGCCCGGGCUUGCAUGCUCAGCACAGAGGGGGCGCACGACGCUGAUGUCAACGUCAUCAGCUGGAACCGGCGAGAGCCCUUCCUGGCCUCAGGGGGCGACGAUGGACUGCUUAAAGUCUGGGACCUGCGACAGUUCCGGGACGGGGCAAGUCUGGCCCGCUUCAAGCUGCACUCGGCGCCCAUCACCACGGUGGAGUGGUGCCCGGCGGAGAGCAGCGUGCUGGCAGCAGCCGGGGCCGACGACCUGCUGACCCAGUGGGACCUGGCAGUGGAGCGCGACGUGGACAGGGAGGAGACACCCGACCUGGAUCAGCUGCCCCCGCAGCUGCUGUUCAUUCACCAAGGCCAGCAGGACAUCAAGGAGCUGCACUGGCACCCCCAGUGCACGGGACUAAUGCUCAGCACCGCCCUCUCCGGCUUCGAUGUCUUCCGCACCAUCAGUGUGUGAGAGCGGGUGGCCCCCUCCCCAGAUACUUGUACACAGAACAAGAACGAAGAGUGUAAUUAAACAUCUUUACUGUUAUGAUACCCGCUAGGCAACUGGCAGUGCAGGAGCAAUGAUCCGUAAGACAUACGAGCAGAUAGGCCAUUCAAUCACAGCUGAUUUAUUAUCCCCCAUUCUCCUGCCUUCCCAUAACCUUUGACGGCCUGACAACCUAUCACCCACCGUUUUUAAAUAUACCCAAUCAUUUGGCCUCCACAGCCGAAUGUGGCAAUGAAUUUCAGAUUCAUCAAUCACUUUCUGGCUAAAAAAAUUCUUCCUCAGUCUCUGUUCUAAAUGGACAUUUUUCUAUUCCGAUGCUGUACCCUCUGGUCCUAGACUCCAUCAUUACAGGAAAGGUGCACACAAGCAGAAAGGGAGGGGUCUUCUGCGCAAAGGUGGCCCGAUACGUCUGAUACAGUUCACCUACCCACCCCCCCCAUCCUCCAUGAGGACGUGGGGUGGAAGAGCUGAAAAUUAUGCAACAGGAAGACUUGUUUCUCUGUAUACCAGCAGGAGGGUCCACAUGUGCAUGACACCCACAGACUGGCAGCCCGAAAAGAGAGAGAGAACUGCCUGCACAAUAAAGGACAGUACUUUUACCCCA